AUGGCUCCCGACAGCAGAAUUUAUGUCGGCAAUCUUCCACCUGACAUAAGAACAAGAGAUAUUGAAGAUUUGUUUUAUAAAUACGGAAAAAUCUCAUUUAUUGACUUGAAAAACAGACGAGGCCCUCCAUUCGCCUUUGUCGAAUUUGAAGAUCCUAGAGAUGCUGAAGAUUCAGUCCGACAGAGAGACGGGUACAAUUACGAUGGUUACACACUGCGAGUCGAGUUCCCACGGGGCAGUGGUGCACCAAGGGGCGGUUAUAGGGGAAGAGGAGGAUUUGGUGGUGAUGGUGGCGGCCGUGGUGGUGGCAUGAGAGGUGGUGGCCCCCCAUCUAGAAGAACACAGUACAGAGUCUUAGUGUCAGGGCUACCUACAAGUGGAAGUUGGCAGGAUCUGAAGGACCACAUGAGAGAAGCUGGAGAUGUGUGCUAUGCUGAUGUCUUUAAAGAUGGUACUGGUGUUGUUGAGUUCCUUCGUAAGGAAGACAUGAAGUAUGCAGUUCGUAAGCUUGAUGACACCAAGUUUAGAUCCCAUGAGGGUGAAGUAGCAUACAUUCGCGUCAAGGAGGACAACCCUCGUAGUUCUCGAAGCCGCAGUCCUAGUGCCAAGCGCUCCAGGGCGAGUCCAAGAUAUUCACCGAUGAGGGAGCGCUCUUACACGUCAUACUGA